UAUAUUUUCCCAAAGGCAUGACAGACUACCUGCCGUGCCCCAUAGACGCCAACCCACCUGUCUACACCGUCACCUGGACCAAGAAUAACCAGCUGGUGGAUUUGUCUAGCAAUGGCAGGAUUGGUCUGGGUCAGGACUGGUCACUGGUGUUCACUGACAUCAGGAGUGAGGACACGGGAGCCUACACAUGUACUCCUUAUAAUGACAAUGGCAUGGGAAGGAGCUCAGAUCUGAUGCAGGUGGUAGUAAGAGAUCCCCCCUACUUCACAAUGAGGCCUAAUCCUUACUAUCAGAGGAUGCCAGGAGAGUCUGUCACGUUCCCGUGUGCGGCAUCAGGGACACCAUUGCCUGUCAUAUCCUGGAGAAAGCCGGAUUCCUAUGUCCCUGAUGACAGCAGAGUGAGUAGGGAUCGCCAUAAUCUGACCAUAUCUCAGCUUCAGAAGUCAGACCAUGGGAAAUAUGAGUGUGUGGCCAAAAAUGUUGUCACCACUGUGAUAACUAGCACGCUGCUCAUUAUUGAAAUGACUACACCACAUGCUCCAUAUAAUGUUACCGUGACAACGACCCAGUUCUCUGCUAAGAUAGAUUGGAAGCCAGCAUAUGAUGGUGGAUACCCACAGCGUUAUGUGAUAUGGUUCAAGAGGGAAAACGACCAGGGCUGGCAGACAAUCAGUGUUCUUCCUCUUGAAGCCACAAGUUUUACAAUUCACAAGUUGGUCCCAGAUUCAGCCUAUGAGUUCAUGGUGAUGUCUCGGAACCAACUGGGUAACGGACUCUCUAGCAAUAAAGUCUUAGCCAGAACCAAAGGCUAUGAUGGUUCUUUGCCUAUUACGCCUCCCACCAACUCCAUGGGCCAGACGUACUUCCCUCGUAUUGAGAGUCCACAAGGUCCGCGUCCAGGCACCCCAGAAAACAUCACCGCCAUCUUGUUUGACAAUGGGACCAUACGCGUGUCGUGGGACCCUCCUACUGCAUCCCAAGUGCCAAUUUUCUACUACCAUCUGCGAUAUCGAAAGCUGGGCAGUGCUCGGUGGGAAACGACAUCGGGAAAAAUCAAACAUCCCCAAACUUACUACACCUUACGAGGCCUUCUGGAAGGUGAUACGUACCAGUUCCAAGUGAUUGCGUACAGCUUGUAUGCAUACAGCUAUCCCAGCAAUGUGGCCGAGAUUGUCAUAGACAAAGUGGUCCCAGUGAGCAUCCUUAAUGCAGGGGGGAUUAUCAGCAUUGCGGUGGGCUGCGUCCUCAUUCUCAUUAUUACCAUUAUUAUCAUUGUGGUUGUGUGCCGAGUAAGAAGGCAGAAGAAGAAGAGAAGGAAAGAAGAGAAAUACGGUGAUAUCAAAUAUGAUACUCCAAACCAUGUAAAUGCAUUUAAUAAAAACCAAGAGAAAAAUGCCAGAAAAGACCCAGAUGGCUUUUCGGGUUUCAGUGGUGUGAAACCUGAGAUAUAUGUGGUCCACGGCCCCCAGGAGACCACUGACCCUUACAAGGACAAUUUACUGGCCGCAGAAAAAUGGAACAGACCAAGAGAUAAAAAUAUUUUUGAUAGAAACUUCAUUGGCUAUGAGCCAGACAAAGUGCGUAAAGUUCAUCGUGACCAUGGGGGUUCAUAUCCAGUAGACAUCGACUUCUACCAUCAUCCCAGUGAAAUCCAUCGCACGGCAGAUGGAAGGUUCUUGCCGUGGAGCGAUGGUGAUAAUUAUGUCAACAUGGACCAUCAUGAUGUGAAUGACAUAAUUAGUGAGCCUCAUGUAUAUUUUACCCCAGGAGCGGGACCCCUUGGAAACUACAAUGACCACCCCUCAGCUCGCCUGCGUACCACAGAGAGUGGAGAGCAUCUCUCUCGGAGAGACUCUUACGAGGAUGCCAUCAGGAGAUACUCUCCACGUCCAGAAGAGUAUGAUACAGGGCAAUACUCUCCUCGUCGUAGGGAAAAUGAAUACAGGGGACAGUUUGGGCCAAGAUUCCAACCACAACAACAUGGCCGCAUGUCCCCAGGGCCAGUGUUUGAGUUUGACCCGCGGAGAAUGUCGCAGCAGUUUAGAGACUAUAUUGCCAACCCGCCAAGCAGUCAGUAUAUUCCCGGUGGACCCCCAGGGAGUUACCUGCCCACUCCCCCUGGGGAUCUGUACCCAAGGCGGGGGUCUCCAACCCCCGGGGACGUUGGAUACCAGAGAAGGUUCAUCCCUAGAUCUCAGGAGGCACACAUUCCUAGGAGGUAUCAACCUCGUCAUCAACGAGACAGUUACGAUGACCAGCAGCCUCAUUUUCAACCAUGGGAUGGUUAUGAACGUCGGUUGUCGCAGCCAUCUAGGGGUAGUUACGAUGAUGAACAAUAUCUGCCAUACAGAUCACGUUCAUCUCCACCUAUAGGUCGGUAUCCUGAGGAAUAUGAUUAUUAUCAGCCUCCACAGAAUGAAGAGCGCCCUAGAUCACAUUCCAUGCCUCCACACACCUACUCAAAUAGAGGAUAUGAAUAUGAUGACUUUUCUCAACCUCCAUAUGCAGAAGAGCCCUACUUCAGUCCACAAAGUCGCAUGCGACCAGAACCUCAGGUUCCAGUGCGAGAUCACAGUAGAGAUCCAUCUCCAUACGACAGAUAUGGACCUCCCAGACCUGCAUUUGAACAUCCAGGUCAGGAACCUCCACCUCCGAGAGUGCCUCCAUUCCAACGUGGUUCUCAUGCUACAGAAGACAGCAUGCAGAGUUUCCAGACACCUAGUAUUGGGAGUGAGCGUGAGGAAGCUGUACAUCCCAGGUCCAUGGUACGCCACAGCACUGCUAAACCACUGCGUCCUGAUCGCACUUUCCACACCAGCUCCCCUAGUGAGGAGUUGGGUCUGCAGCCAUUUGACCUGGAUGAAAUCAGCUCAGUGAACCCUUCAUCAACAGCCACAUCACGACGUACUUUCCCCAGCUCUUCAACCUUCCCAACAUCCUCAUCUAAUUUCCCAUCAUCCACCAGCAAUAUCCAAGAUGGUGGCCACUCACAAGCACGACAAUCCGCAGCAGCAUUAAGUCCUGUGAUUGACAUGUCGUCCAUACCCCCAGAGUCGUCAGACAUGUAUCAGUUGGACCCCCAGGAGCCACAGAGAAGGUUCAGUGCUGGUGACAUUCCUCAGACUGACACCAGGAGGCUUUCACGUGACAGCAGCCCCUCUAGAGAGAGACAGAUUGCACGUGUGUCACCUUCUCCAAAACGUGAAGAAACUCCAUCAUAUCCUAGAGGAGAGGGAAGUGAGGAGCGGCCAUUUCAUUACACAAGAGACCGGUUACAGGGAGCUAUUGAGAGGGCACGACGUGGACCUAUAGCAAGACGUCUUCAGGGCUCCUCACGAGGCAGUGCACCUGAUGUAGAUCAGCCAUCUGAGACACCGCGCCAUUCCUGGAAUGCACUAACGCCAUCUACUGGAGAAAAGACUAGAGACGACUCAGGCAGAGAUGGGGAAACAACUGUCAUUCCUCAGACAUUUGCAGACAGUGUCGCCCCCUAUAAAGACAUUCCAGCCAAUCGUACCAGCGUGACCUCAGGUCUGAGUGGGAGCUCAGGCCGUGGCAGCAGUGGUGGAGCAGUCAGCAAAUCAGCUUCUCUGUCACAUUCACAGCCCAAUAUCUCCCAGAUGGACCAAUCAGGAGACAUGCCAAGCUCCAGCAGUGGCCAGGGCAGUAGAAACACCUCACAGACGAUGUCGUCCUCAUCACAGUCAGCACGUGGUCGCAUGAAUUCUUCUCUCAGUUCUACAAACACUCCUCAAGAGCAUGAUAUUAGCACUGAGAGUUCCCCGUACUCCAUAGGAGACACACAGCACAAGAGAGACGCCUCAGUGGAUGAAAACUAUGAAUUUGAUAACCCAACUGAGUCUGAACUCUUAGACGCUUUAAGGAAUGUCUCCAAAACUUCCCGUAAUAGCUCACGUGACUUUAACUCCAGUGAUCCAGAUAUCUCGCGACACGAGCGCACCGGGAGAGGGGACAGGUUUUCAAAGCUGAGAGAAGAGUAUAAGCAGUAUCGCAGGAAGCAACAGUUGCAGCAGCCUGAGAGUCCAGGAGGAGAACAGUGGGAGGAGAUUGAGAGUGAACUCUUGUGAAGUGGAGGCACAAAUAAUGAGAUUUUGGAAGAAAUCUUGUGAACUUAAAGAACAGAUAGUGAGCUCCUUAGGAGUGGAGGUACAGAUCAUGAGAAAGAGAGUGUGAAAUUUUUAUGAAAAGGAGAUAAAUAAUAAUGUUGAUGUUGAGACAUGAUAUAUCAGCAUA